GCCUAGCUAACGUUAGCACUUAGCAAGCUAACGUUACUUAGCGGCUAACUGUUAGCGUCUCGAAAUGUUGCUUUUCCUACGGUUGUUUUUAGCCUCGUGUGAGCAGAUACCACAGAAAACACAAUUUGGGAUGAGAGCCUUCCUCCCUGGAUUACUGCCCUUCUGUAUUCAGAAUGAGAGACAUAACGGUGCCUGAGGAUGCCAGCAGGUGAAAGUGAAGUUCGGGCAAGGACCCGGGAAAGAUUCAAUGAAGUCUUCAAGAAAUACUCUGAUUCACUGAAGAAAAAGUCAAAGAAGAAAAACACUGAAGCUCAGGAGACCAUUGUGCUUCAAAAUCUAAAAAAGAAUUUGAACCUUGAGAAGGACACAGAAGAAGAUGAGACCAUCCUCCAGAACACGUAUGACCCUGAACAGGGCAGCCCUCGCUACACAAAAAAUAAACGAAGGGAGAAGGAAACGGCAGAAAAGAUUAACAUCAACAACAGUAAAAACCAAGAGGAGGCUCCAACACCUAAAGGCAAGAAGAAAAGUAAAAGGGAGCUUCCCUCCCUCCCACCUGAGGACACUAGUUACAUCCAGAAUGAUACAGAUGCUUCCAAGUCUGAGAUUGCUUUGGAGCCAGAUGACGUAGGUGGUAGAAAAGAACCAAAACGAAAAAGUAAGAGGGGGAAAAGCAAAGGAGAUACAGAGGCCAAGGCAGAGAGUCAGGUGGAGGAUGCAGAGGACAAGCUGCUGCAUGAAUACCAGCAGCAGAUAGCACAGGAGGAGGAGAGGACUUCAAAGAAGAAAAGCACCAAGAGUGCAGAUGAUAGUGUUGUCUCCCAAACCGUUCCCCUAAAUAAUGACGUUGGAAAGAAGAAGAAGAAAAAGCUGAAAUCUGUAAUCACACAGUCAGAAGUAUGGGAUGAAGAUGCCGACCAGGAUGCUGAUGUGGACAAUGAAGCAGAAUCUAAGGGAAAGAAGAAAAAGAAGAAGAAAAAACAUGUUGUCAAAGAAGAGAGUGAUACAGAGGCAGAAGUACCACAGAAGCCAACAUUUGAUGACAGCCUUGUACUGGGAGUGUACAUCCACAGGACAGAUCGCCUCAAAACAGACCUGCUGAUCUCUCAUCCCAUGGUGAAGAUACAUGUUAUCGAUGAAAACACUGGACAGUAUGUGAAGAAAGAAGACUGUCGUCGACCCGUCUCCUCAUUUUAUGAGCAAGAGAAUGUUGACCACAUUAUCCCCAUCAUGACUCAACCUUUUGACUUCAAGAAGAACAAAUCAAUCAUCCCUGAGUGGCGAGAACAGAUCAUCUUCAAUGAACGCUUUGGUUACUUUGUUGAACAAAAUGAUGACAGCCCCAGAGUUGUACUCCUUUUUGAAAUCCUGGACUUCAUAACCAUGGAAGAAGCAAGAGCCAACGUUGAUGUUGACAAGCAUGAGCGAGGAUUCAGAAAGAUUGCAUGGGCAUUCCUUAAGCUCGUUGGUACAAACAGCGUGCUGAAUAUCGACAGUAAACUUCGACUUCAGCUCUUCUGCCCUCCCCCUCGGGCAAAGAGACAACCUAAAACAAUAGAGGUGGUUGAGUGGUGGAGGAAGUACCCCCGAAACAAAUACGCAUCCACCCUUUAUGUUACAGUGAAAGGCAUUAAACUUCCAGAGCAUGUGGACCCCUGUAUUCGGUCCAUGAUGGCCCUGCAGGAGGAGAGGGGCAGCACCUCCUACAGCGAACUGCAGAAUGAGGUCAACAAGAGAAGCCUGAUGCAGCCUCUAGACAGCAAGCCACCACCCUUGAGAUGGAGCAGGCUGCCUGGCCAGGUCUGCAGGAUACCUAACAAGUCCAUGCAGGUUUUCCGUGGUGGUAAGAUGGGCUGCUUCGCAGUUCUCUUCUCUCACGCUGGGACAAUACUGGCUACAGCUUGUGCUGACAGAGAUGCUUUCCCUGUGAUAGUGUAUGAGAUUCCUUCUGGCAAGGUGUUGGCUGAAUUCAUCGGCCAUCUCAAAAUAGUCUAUGAUCUCUGCUGGUCCAGAGACGAUCGGAGCCUUCUGUCUGCCUCCUCUGAUGGAACUGUCAGAGAGUGGAACGUGGAGAGGCUUCAGCAGUCGGCCCAGAAGGUGCUCCCUCAUCCCUCCUUUGUGUACUGUGCUCAGUACCACCCCACGGCCCAGAACCUGGUGGUGAGCGGGGGCUACGACUCUCUGCUACGUGUGUGGAGGGUCGAUGUGGAUGAAGUGAAUGGCCAGCUGCUGCAGGAGCUCGAGGGUCACAACAGUUUCAUCAACUCAAUUUGUUUUGACUCUGAAGGAAGGAGAAUGUUCUCUGCAGACAAUACAGGCCUCAUCCUUGUGUGGAAAACUACAGUAACCGACAGCAGGCGGCAUCAGCCGUGUCAUCGCUGGUGUAUAGAGAAGCAGAAAAUUGAUGAGAUUGACCUCGGUGGCAUCCCUGUCAACAUGCUGCAGCUCCAUCCGAACGGGCGGUGCCUGCUCAUCCAUGCCAAAGACAGCGUCCUGAGAAUGAUGGACUUGAGAAUACUGGCUAUAAAGAAGUACACCGGAGCCACAAACUACAGAGAGAGGAUCUACAGCACUUUCACGCCAUGCGGGAACUUCAUCUUCUCUGGUAGUGAGGAUGGGAUGGCUUAUGUGUGGAAUACAGACACAGGUGACCAAGUUGCCGUCUACUCUGAGCUUUGUUAUUCCACUGCUCUCCAUGGCGUGGCUUUCCACCCUCACGAAAACAUGGUUGCUUUCAGUGCCUUCGGUCAGUCCCAGCCUGUCCAUGUAUACCUGUACGAUCGCAAAGUUUCCCAGCUGGAGGCGCACACCAUAAAAGCUGCGAGCAGAUUAUCUUCUACAGACACCAAAACCAUCAGAAACACACCUGACACCCCAGCACUGCAGGACACAUCUGCCGCUGCAACCAUUGAUCAGUUUGCCCAAGCAACAAGACUUGCAUUGAAAAUGCAGUGUGUUAAGGAGCAACUGGAUUCAGUGCUUGAUCCACAUCAGAGAUCUUCAGCUUCUGGAUACAUGUAUGAGCAAGACAAAAUGAGCAUUACUCACUCAGGGAGGAGUUUCACAACUGACUCUGUCACAACGGGAUUAAAUGCUUCGUUGCCGCCUCCGUCUCUCCUGUCGCCGCACUCCAAGCUGCAGCUCUCUGGUCCUCUAGCGGAGCAGCUAAUCCCCCAGGCGGCUCUGAGCGCCCAAAACCGUGGGUUCAGUCCAGUCGGUCAGCGUCUAAAAGGAGCUUCAUCUUUCAGGCUACAGACAAGCCUUCCCGACCACAUUUCUUCAGGCAUCCAGGAAACAGAUUCUGCCCCUGUUCAACAAGUAGUCGUCUCGCUCUAUGACUACAGAGCUAAUCGGUCUGAUGAGCUGACUAUACGCCGCGGUGAUGUCAUCCAAGUGCUGUACAAAGACAAUGACAACUGGUGGUUUGGGCGUCUGGCCAACGGGCAGCAGGGAUAUUUCCUUGCUUCUUAUGUGGCAGAUCAGAGAGAUUUCAGUGAAGAGGUGACUCAGUCUGUAGAGGCACAUGCAGCCUUGUCUGAGGGGACUGUUGAGAGGUCAACACCAACCAGGGUGUCUGCUGCAAUUAGUUCUUCUGGGGAACUUAGGUUUCUUUCUGAGCCGACCCUUUCUGACACCGAGCCUGAGCUGACUGAUGCCAGAGCUAGAAGGAAAAAGAAGGUGAAAAAGUCAGGAGUCCCCGCACCUUCGUCUCAGGCCACAUUUUCAGAUGCAGAUGCUCCGGUGUCAAUGAGCACCAGGAGGAGAGGCCGGUCAGCAGACAGACCUCUCCCAAAGAGACCAACGGGCCGGACUAAUGGUGCCUUCGAGCCAGACACAUGAUUGUUUUCAACUCGAGUGCUUUCACCUUUAUUCUGUUUCAUAUAAAAAGCAUUUUUGUAUUAAUGACCCUGCAGCUGUGUUGUAUUUUUACUGCUUUGUCUUUUUAUAUUCAGUCAGUAUGUUCUGUAUUGUAUUUAAUACAGAUCGAUCAAUGACAUGUAAAACUUUGAUAAUGAAUGCUUAAAGAAUUGAGUGAUUCUAGGAAUUCUAGUUUUACAUAUUUAUUGAUGUAAGCAUAUUUUCACUAUUGCACAUGUUGCAUGUUUACAGAUUAUGUAGAAAACAAAAUGUAAUAUUGUAGUUUUAUUUUCUUAGCCUGUAAAAGAUUGACAAAUUUUGUAUAUGCCACUUCUUCAGUUAUAUAAU